UAAGAGAGAACUACACACACACACACACACACACACACUAAUCACAAAUUAGACUGAGGCAGCAUCACAUGGAGAGAGGAGGCGGUUGAACAGAUAGGAGCAGAGCCGGACAGAGACACAGACGGAGACGGAGGUUUAGGACUCAGCUCUGGGCGAGAGGAGGAACAGCACCGCGGUGUUUGUGGAUUUAUUUGUUUUCCGUCGCUGUUUCAGGAUUUUGUUCGGCUGAGAUGUUUCAGGACCCAGCAGCAGCAUCCUCCAUCCCUGUUGUGGUGCAGCGCUUCAUCUGAGAACAGAGCUGAACAGAGGGACAACAGUCACCAGGCCUUAGGGCCACUACACCAUUAAAACAUGCUGGCUGCCAUGCUGCGCCAGAGUUCUGGUGGAGGAUCGGGUGGAGGAGGAGGAGGUAGUGGUGGUGGUACCAAACUCUCUCUGGGUAUCUCUCGCCUCUCUAGCUCCAGUUUGGGUUCAGCAAGCCCUGCGAGGAUCUCCAAGAGCGGCUCGGCGAGCUCGGACAGCCCAGACAUCCCCGCCUCAGACCCAAACUACAUCAUGCAGCUGGUCAGCGACGUGCGCAAGUUUGCUGAUGUGCUUCUACAGCUCAAAGAAGUUUUCAACUCCAAAGAGCACCAGGACUGCCUCCAUCAGGCGGUCCACGAGCGACUCGGGGAGCUGCUGAGAGUCCUGAAGGCCAUUAUCAGCAAGCACCAGAGCCUCAACUCGGUGGACAUCCUCAGUACGGCUGGAACCGUCAUCGCCACGGUCAAAGGAGUGAACUUUAAGGAGGUGAACGAAGACAACAAACAGAAGCUUUUCGGAGAGAUCUACACUGCUAUCGACACAUUGGCAUUCACAUUUGGCAAUGUAGUGUCUGACUUCCUUAUGGGAGAUGUAGAGAAUGGAUCAGUGUUGGGGCUCCCCCUGACUAAGAGAAGCAGGUCUUUUGAGAACCUCUCGGUGGAAUCUGGAGGAUCCGGUCCCGAGAAAGAUGAUCCGCCAGGACCGUGUCCGCCUGUUCGGGCUGAAGAGGUGGACAAGACGCUGCAGCGGCAGGACAGUGGGGUGGAGUCAGCGCUGCUCUAUGCCAAGGCCUGGUCCAAGUACACCAAAGAGCUGCUGGCAUGGGUGGAAAAACGUCUCAACAUGGAUAUCGAGUGUGCAAAGAGUUACGCCAAAAUGGCCGAAUCUGCCAAGACGCUUGCAAGUCAGCAGGAAUUCAUGCCUUUCCGCGAGAUCUACAUGGCUGCUUUCAAAAAUGACAUUGAAUACAGCCAGUUGGUACUUCACACUGCAGCAGUACUCCAAAGCAACAAAUUCAUGCAGCCUCUCCUGGCCAGAAAGAAUGAGUUGGACAAACUACGAAAAGAGGUCAAGGAGCAGUGGCAGAGAGAGCAAAAGAAGAUGCACGAGGCAGACAGUGCUCUGAGGAAGGCUCGGCUGCUGCAGGUCCAGCGGCAGGAGGAAUAUGAGAAGGCCAAGGUGUCCACCAGCCGCCUGGAAGAGGAGCAGCUCGGAGGGGGAGGAGGAGCAGCGGCAGCUAAACAGCUAGAGAAGAGGCGCAGGCUGGAGGAGGAGGCUCUGCAGAAGGCUGAGGAGGCCAAGGAGCACUGCAAAGCUUGUCAGAUUGAUGUCGGAGAGAAGAGAGUGGAUCUGGCCAACACCAAGAGCGAGAUCAUCACUCAGAUCCGAGAGAUGGUCUCUCAGUGUGACCUCACCCUCAAGGCUGUGACUGUGAACUGGUUCCAGCUCCAGCAGGCUCAGGUUGUGUCCCUACCUGUCAACCAUCAGAGUCUGUGUGAAAAUGCCAAACUGUAUGAGCCUGGCCAGUGCUACAUCGACUUUGUCAGGGGUCUGCCGACCGACGGGCCUCGUCUGGAGUCGCACUCAUUUGAUUCCACUGUUACACAAACCACAGGGAUGCCUUUCAACAAGCGCUCACUAAGUGGCUGCCACUCGUCCCACAGUAACCUAUCACAAGGAUCCAUGACCUCUGACCUGCUUGGUGGAGAUGACAUGGACAGUCCCAUCAGUGCCCAGCAUACCAAGGUUGCAGAAAGGCACAGUGGCACAGACAUCCAAGCACUUCGGACUCAGGCCCCAUUUCGUCCCUGGGCCUCGGCCAGUCAGGGUGGAGGGAUGUGCAGCGAUUCAGAAAGUGCUGGGGGGAGCAGUGAGUCCCGGUCCAUGGACUCACCCACUGCAAGUCCUGGAGACUUCAAGAGGAGAUUACCCAGAACCCCCUCCACAGGCACCAUGUCUUCUGCUGAUGAUCUGGAUGAGAGAGAGCCUCCCUCGCCCUCUGAUAAUGGUUUAAGUGAGAUAGUAAUAGAGACAGCCAGCUCCCCAGGUCCCUUCAGAAACACCCAAAUGUCCAAGGCAGCUCAAACACACAAGCUGAGGAAGCUCAGAGCACCCUCCAAGUGUCGAGAGUGUGAUGGCCUGGUGGUGUUUCACGGAGCAGAGUGUGAGGAGUGUUCGUUGGCCUGCCACAAGAAGUGUCUGGAAACCCUGGCCAUCCAGUGUGGCCAUAAGAAGCUCCAGGGGAGGCUUCACCUGUUUGGCAUCGACUUCACACAGGCAGCAAAGAACAGCCAGGACAGGAUCCCCUUCAUCAUCCGGAAGUGCACAUCAGAGAUUGAGAACAGAGCGCUCAACAUUAAGGGCAUCUACCGUGUGAAUGGUGCCAAGUCUCGGGUGGAGAAGUUGUGCCAGGCGUUUGAGAAUGGCAAGGACCUGGUGGAACUCUCUGACCUUUAUCCCCACGACAUCAGCAACGUACUCAAACUGUACCUGAGACAGCUUCCAGAGCCGCUCAUCCUGUUCCGCUUCUAUAACGACUUCAUCGGUUUGGCCAAGGAAAGCCAGAGUAUCAUCGUGGAGGAACUGGAGGCGCUGCGCCUCAGUCCCACCCCAGUGACCCCGGCCCAGGUCAGCGUGGAGCUCAACCGAGUCCUCUUCAAGAUCAAAGACCUACUGAGGCAGCUGCCACCUGCUAAUUACAAGACACUGCAGUUUCUCAUAGAGCAUCUGCACCGGGUCACAGAGCGCUCAGAGGAGAAUAAGAUGACUGCCAGUAACCUGGGUAUUAUCUUCGGCCCGACGCUGAUCAAGCCGAGGCAGGCAGACGCUGAAGUCUCCCUCUCCUCUCUGGUGGAUUACCCCUAUCAGGCACUCAUUGUGGAGCUCCUGAUCAGACACUAUCAGAUGGUCUUUGACACCCCCCUCAGUCCCCUAAGCAGCACGUCGCCUACAGAGGUUGAUGCUCACCCCCGUCCUGACACCCGCCUCACCCACCAGGAGAAGGAGCAGCAGCUGAUCAGGCACUCCAAGUCUCUGGGGGAUAUUAAGGAGCAGAGCUCCAAAGUGUAUAAGAGGCAUUCCUCCAUUAUUCCUUCUUCCCACCUGCUGGCUGAAGUUCAGGAGAGCAUGCCGAGCCACGACGGAAGCGACUUUGAACCUGCGGAUGAAGUGGAUUCAGAGGCCCUCAAUGGGGUUUUAUCAUCAAGUCUCUCUGAAGUCCUGAAACCCGGUGAGAGAGGGCUCUGUCGCUCACAGCACAUCACCGUUGCCAGAGUCCAACUUCGACACCCUCGCAACAAACUCUCGUCCCGGCCCGUCAGCAUGCCAGCUGAACGGAUACUGAGGAGAGGCCAAGUUGAUGAGAAUAACACCCGGAACAGCACCGACCAAGAUGUCAGGAAAGGAGGCAGUUUUGACCAGUCCAUCGAAGAGGUGGACGAAACUGAGAAUACAAAACUGCGAGUGGCCACACAUUACCGGAGUACAUUUAUUGACACCCAGACGUUACGCAGAACUUGGGACAAACAGUACAAACACGAUGUUGUUUCUCGGACCGUCAGAAUUGUGGCCAAUUCGUCCACAGAGAGCGCAGCAGUGGAUGCUAGCAGCUUAUCGUCUUCUGUACCAUCAGCCCUCUCCCUCGAAACUACAGGGAGCUCUAUUAGCACCAUCUACCCCAGCCGACCUUACACUGUCGCAGUGCGACCCAGCAGGACCUUAAGGAGGGAGGACAAUGUAACUAAGUAUAGCCCCAUCACAACAGCUUUUAGGGCUCCCAGGACUCUCCAGCCUCCCCCAGGAACCUUCUAUAAGCCUCCGUCAGGGAGCAAAGCUAAAGCGCAGCAGAACUGUGCAUUGGCUAACAGCGCUGAGGAAGAAGAGGAGGAGGAGGAUGACGAUGAGGAGGAGGAGGAGGAGUUGGGGAUUGAGAUAGAAGUGUCUGUAGAUGAGCCUCUUGAGGAGGACAAUGAGGCCGAGCAAGUGGCUGUGUCUCAGUCUCCGAGCUCCAGUCCUGAGGAACUGGGUCAAAACCAAGCCAAACCAGUGUACCAGAGACUGAGGCCCAGACACCUCCAAGAGGUCGAACAUCGAGAGGCUCAUUUUGUGUGAUCCUAUGAGAGUCACAGGCAGGAACACGGGCAGAACCAGUGCUUGACUGUGAACAGUGUGUGCCAUAUUCUGUUAGAGAGAGAAUAAAAACAUCUGCAUUGACUCUGCAAAGACAAUUUCCAGAUGUGCUAUGAUUGAGCACUGUGUAGAGAAUUAAAUGUACCUUUGGUCCUCAAAAGACAAACACGAUGCACUUAAAAUGCUGUAUAUUUUUAACAUGAUUCACCAAUAUUUCAUUUUCCAAUCACUUGCUCAGUACACUCUGGCACCUGGUCAGAAUAUUUAUAAUUUUUUUGAAACUGUGCAAUUACAUUUUAUUUGAAUAUUUUGUAUAAAGUUCUUACACGCUCACUAUCUAUGUAUGUUUAUAUACCAAAAACUAUGUUUGAUUGUUACAGUAGUGCAUGUAGCCAUGACACUUACCUGACAUCAAUAUUCUUCCACAGAUCUUUUGAGUCUUGUUUCUGCUGUGAGUCAGGGCGUUUUAAACUGUUACAUUUAGGGUAUAAUUAAUCAUUAUGCUAAUAACUUGUGUUUAAUGACCCUUGUUACAUACUGUACUGAACAUUUGUAUCAGCGAUAGCUAAUGUUAUGAAGCACCAGUUGCAAAGGGUGAACAUCCACUUGUUUUUAUACUGUUGAACUUGUAUGGUGUCAACUCAAACUGUUCUGAAAAGCUUUUAGAGAUGCCAUGGUAUUAUUUUUCUUAUUUUACUGUAACAUCUACAUUUCUUAAUAGCCAAAACAUUUUCAGUUUCUUUUCUUUUUUUAAACUGAAGUAGUUUUAUCAAUAACCUAAAUCUUACAGGUUCUUUGUAAGUAAGAGGAAAUGCAUUUAUUUAAAUGGUAUCUGUUUUUCAUGAUAAUGUACAAGAUUGACAGAAUGUUGAAAAGAUCAGUGUAAAAAAAAAAAACAGGUACAUGAAAACAAACACCCUUUUGUAACUUAUUAAAAUAUAUCUGACAACUUCCA